CCUCCCAUCUUUUUUCGCAGGGAUGGGCGGGAGAGGGGAGACGGAGCGAUUCCAGCUCAGUAUCCUUCCCUCAUAGAGGUAGGCAGCGCUUGACUAGCAGCAGCAGCAGCCCCCCAAAUGCCUUUUUUUUUCUCCCUUCCUCUUCUUCUUCUUCUUCUUCUUCUUCUUCUUCCUCCCACUGAGCAGCGUUGGUAGCCACCGCAACAAUGUCCAACCUGUGUGAGUGGCGUGGUGUGAUGCCCGACCAGAGUUGAGGAGAAGAAAGCCAGAGAUAAAGAGGGAGAGAGGAGGAGGUGGAGAGAGGAGAGAGGAGGAGAAGAGAGGAGAGGACGCCCGUGCCUGCUUCUUCUUCUUCUUCUUCUUCUUCUUCUUUUUUUUUUUUUUUGGUCAUUUGGAUGGGAAGUGUUUUUUGGGAGGAGAGACAGAAGAAAGCAGAAGGCAGCCGGGGAAGGGGAACAACUGGCAGCAGCCAAUCCCCCCUUCCACGCUCAGACUGGAGACGACGGAGGCCGCUGGAGUAUUUGCUUUUAUCUUUCGUUUUUUGUUCUUUUUCUUCCUCAUCGCGCUGCUGGGAGUUGGGCCUCCCUCAGUCUGAGGCUAUGAGAGGGAGAGAGGAGUCCCAGGCCGCACCAUCAUGCUACUUCUGAGACGCUGGGAUGAGACUGUGGCUCGCGAAACACAAGGUAUCACUCUCCCACUCCUACACCAUGCUUGCCUGCGGAUGCCGCAGCCUAUCCCCACCUCGAGGCCGUGCCGGGGCCUGUUUCUCCGCCCCGUUGGUUGCUCGGGAGCAACAAGAUCGAGCGCGGACCCUCCAUCCGCCCCCGCCUCCGUCGUUCCAAUACCGCACAAGCACCUCUCUAUGCCUCUCCCUCCUUCUCCUGCUGCUCUGCCUUCUCCAACUGCCCCCGGCCUGCCAUUCGCGGAGAGAGAAGGGCGGGGGAGGCCCGGGCGGCGGGGGAGGCCCGGGAGGCGGCGGUGGUGGUGGUGGUGGCGGCGGCCACUACGUUCCCAUCCCUCAGCCCCCUCCACACCACAUGUCCCUGCCCAACAUGCGUGGCCUCAGCAUCGCUGUCGUCCUGGUGGGCAACUCCAGCGAGGUCGCCCUGGCCGGGGCGCGGGAGAAGGAGGACUUCCUCCAUAUGGCGCCCAACGUGGAGGUGCUGACCAUGAACGAGACCGACCCUAAGAGCAUCAUCAAGAGCAUCUGUGAUCUAAUGACUGAGCACUGGCUGCAGGGCGUGGUGUUCGGGGACGACACAGACCAGGAGGCCAUAGCCCAGAUCCUGGACUUCAUAUCAGCCCAGACCCAUAUCCCCAUUCUUGGAGUACGCGGGGGCUCUUCCAUGAUCAUGGCUGCCAAGGAUGACAACUCCAUGUUCUUUCAGUUCGGCCCCUCCAUCGAGCAGCAGGCCUCGGUCAUCCUGAACAUCAUGGAGGAGUACGACUGGUACAUCUUCUCCAUCGUCACAACGUACUACCCGGGUUACCAGGACUUCGUCACCAAGAUUCGUAGCACCAUUGAAAACAGCUUCGUGGGCUGGGAACUGGAGGAGGUCCUCCUGCUUGACAUGUCCGUGGACGACGGAGAUUCGAAGAUCCAGAACCAGCUGAAGAAGCUCCAGAGCCCCGUCAUACUCCUCUACUGCACAAAGGAGGAGGCCAACACCAUCUUCGAGGUGGCCCACUCUGUUGGCAUCACCGGCUACGGGUACACGUGGAUAGUGCCCUCGCUGGUGGCCGGAGACACCGAUGUGGUGCCCGCGGAGUUCCCCACAGGUCUGCUCUCGGUUUCCUACGACGAGUGGGACUACGGCCUGGAGGCCCGCGUCCGGGACGGCGUGGCCAUCAUCACCAUGGCAACCUCCACCAUGAUGAUGGACCGCGGGCGGCACACGGUGCUGAAGUCCGAGUGCCACGGAGCCCCCGACAAGAAGACCCCCAUCUCAGGCAACCCCAACGAAGUACUCAGGUACCUGAUGAAUGUGACGUUCGAGGGGCGUAAUCUGUCGUUCAGCGAGGAUGGAUACCAGAUGCACCCCAAGCUGGUCAUCAUCCUGCUCAACAAAGAGAGACAGUGGGACAGGGUGGGUAAAUGGGAGAACGGUUCCCUGUCCAUGAAAUACCAUGUGUGGCCUCGCUAUGAACUAUAUGGGGGGCCAGCAACCAGGGAGGAUGACCACCUGUCCAUUGUGACAUUGGAGGAGGCGCCGUUCGUCAUUGUGGAAGACGUGGAUCCGCUUAGCGGGACCUGCAUGAGGAACACUGUACCCUGCCGAAAACAGAUCAAAACACUCAACCAGACGAAGGAGUCGGGAAUAUACAUCAAGCGUUGCUGCAAGGGUUUCUGCAUCGACAUCCUGAAGAAGAUCGCCAAGCAAGUCAAAUUUACCUACGACCUUUACCUGGUCACGAACGGGAAGCACGGCAAGAAAAUCAACGGCACCUGGAACGGCAUGGUGGGAGAGGUGGUGUUAAAAAACGCCCACAUGGCCGUCGGCUCAUUGACCAUCAACGAGGAGAGGUCGGAGGUCAUCGACUUCUCCGUCCCUUUCAUCGAGACGGGCAUUAGCGUCAUGGUCUCCCGCAGCAACGGCACCGUUUCGCCGUCGGCGUUUUUAGAGCCCUUCAGCGCCGAUGUGUGGGUGAUGAUGUUCGUGAUGCUGCUGCUGGUGUCGGCUAUGGCUGUGUUUAUAUUCGAGUACUUCAGCCCUGUGGGCUACAACCGCUGUCUGGCUGACGGCAAAGAGCCUCACGGCCCGUCCUUCACCAUCGGUAAGGCCAUCUGGCUGCUGUGGGGUCUGGUUUUCAACAACUCCGUGCCUGUGCAGAACCCCAAAGGCACCACCAGUAAGAUCAUGGUGUCAGUGUGGGCCUUCUUCGCUGUCAUCUUCCUGGCCUCCUACACUGCCAACCUUGCUGCUUUCAUGAUCCAAGAGGAAUAUGUGGACCAGGUGUCUGGUCUGUCAGACAAAAAGUUCCAGAGCCCCAACGACUUCUCGCCUCCGUUUCGCUUUGGCACUGUUCCUAACGGGAGUACAGAGAGAAACAUUCGGAACAAUUAUCCAGAGAUGCACUCCUACAUGACAAAGUUCCACCAGAGGAAUGUGAAUGAAGCCCUGGCGAGCCUCAAGGCUGGCAAACUAGAUGCUUUCAUUUAUGACGCGGCCGUGCUAAACUACAUGGCUGGCAGGGACGAGGGCUGCAAGCUGGUGACCAUCGGCAGCGGCUACAUCUUCGCCACCACGGGCUACGGCAUCGCCAUCCAGAAGGAGUCGCUCUGGAAGAGACAUGUGGACCUGGCCAUCCUGCAGCUGUUUGGAGACGGUGAGAUGGAGGAGCUGGAGUCCCUCUGGCUGACGGGGAUCUGCCACCACGAGAAGAACGAGGUGAUGUCCAGCCAGCUGGAUGUGGACAACAUGGCCGGCGUCUUCUACAUGCUCGGUGCCGCCAUGGCGCUAUCGCUCAUCACCUUCAUCUGCGAGCACUGGUUCUACUGGCAGCUUCGCUUCUGCUUCAUGGGCGUCUGCUCCGGCCAGCCCGGCUUCGUCUUCUCAAUCAGCAGGGGCAUCUACAGCUGCAUCCACGGGGUGCAGAUCGAAGAGAAAAGCAGCUCGGCAUUGAACUCUCCAUCAGCCACCAUGAACAACACCCAUUCCAACAUUAUGCGUCUCUUGCGCACCGCCAAGAACAUGGCGUCCCUGUCGGGGGUGAACGGCUCACCGCACAGCGCCCUGGACUUCAUCCGUCGAGACUCCUCCGUUUAUGAUAUUUCCGAACACCGGCGCAGCUUGGCAGGUCACUCCGACUGCAAGCCACCUUACCUCCCAGAAGACAACAUGUUCAGUGACUACAUCAGCGAGGUGGAGAGGACGUUUGGCAACCUCCACCUCAAGGACAGCAAUUUGUACCAGGACCACUAUCUGCACCACCACGGCUCAACCCUGGGGCUCACCGGACCUCCCACCAACCGGCCCCAUAGUUUGGGCAGCGCUAGUUCUCUGGAGGGCGGCAUGUUCGACUGCGACAGCUUGGGCGGAGGGGUGGCUCCUAUUUUCACCACCCAGCCCUGCUCGGCACUGACCCACAGGAACAUGAGCAAGUUUGACCUCCUGUCUGGGCAGACUCCUCCCUCGGGUCAAGGCUUCAAAGGUGGCCUCCCCGACCUGUACGGGAAGUUCUCCUUCAAGGGAGGCGCCUCGAGUUCCACCUACAUCCCUGGACAUGGCUACUGCGGAGGGAGAGGAGAUGACGAUGGGAAUAUACGUUCAGAUGUGUCAGAUAUUUCCACGCACACGGUAACUUACGGGAACCUGGAGGGUAAUGCCAAGAAGCGCAAACAGUACCGCGAUAGUCUGAAAAAGAGGCCGGCCUCUGCUAAGUCCAGACGGGAGCUGGACGAGAUUGAGCUGGGCUACAGGAGGAAACCCUACCACAUCAGCCACCACCACUACCAUGGCCACCGCUCUGCCUCCCCACCACUUUUGCCCUCUGAACGCAAGAGAGGUGGUGGCGGAGGAGGAAACAACGAUGGAAACUCUUAUCUUUUCAGAGAAAAGGAGAGCGUUAGGGAUUUUUAUUUGGACCAGUUUCGGCCCAAAGAGGGCGUUCCUCAGUGGGAGCAUGUGGACUUGACAGAGGGUCCUGGGGCCAGGGAUGGAGGGGUGGGGACUUGCACCACCCUGGUACCAGUGGACGACUUUCUUAAGAGCAAGCCCAAAAAGUCCGAUUCAAAGAGCGGUGGAGGAUCUGGGUUGGCAGGGGGAGAGUGGGAGUGCAGGAACUGUCGGGCAAGUGGUGGAGGGGGUAGCAAGAUGUCCAUGCACGGAGGAGGGGUUGGCGGGUACGGUGGUGGUAUGAGCUGUGGGUCCUCUGGAGGUGGAGGAAACAGCCGCCCGAGCUCUGCGACCUGCAUGCGCUGCGAAGGUUGUAAAAAGACAGGAAACCUCUACGAUAUCAGUGAAGACAACAACCACCUCUUGGAACAGAUGGGGGGUGGGAAAGGUGGUGGAGGUGGAGGAGGAAUCGGCGGGGGCCCUCAGCCUCAAACUCAGGCCCAGCAGAGGAGGAAGAGUGGACCGCUUAGGAGGCAGCACUCGUACGACGCAUUUGUCGACCUUCAGAAAGAGGAGUCGGGCGGGAUGGGAAGUUUGAUGGGCGGUUUGGGAGGUGGAGGCAUGAGUGGUGCAGGUAUGGGAGGAAUGCUGCCCCCACCCAGGAGUGUUAGCUUAAAGGAGAAGGAACGGUACCUGGAAGGCACCAGCCCUUUCGCACACAUAUUUGAGCGUCACGGGGGCUCAGAAAGAGAAAGGGAACGAGACAGGGACCCGCUGUUUUACGGAGGUGACGGCCGGAAAGGACCUGGCUCACCGUUUGGCCUGUUCAGAGGCGGUGAGGGUCUCCACCGCCGCUCCAUCGGGGAGAGAGACAUGAGGGACAGGGACAGGUCUUUGAUGGAAGGAGGAGGUGGGGCAGGAUUCUCUUUAUCCAAAUCUCUUUACCCUGACCGGGUAAAUCAAAACCCCUUUAUACCCACCUUUGGCGAUGACCAGUGUCUGAUGCAUGGCGCCAAACAGUAUUACAUGAAAAAGCAACAGCAGCAGCAGCAGCAGCAGCAGCAGCAACAAGUUGCCAAAAACAGCCGAAGUGACUUCAGGAGCCAGAUGAGCGCGACGUCGUACCUGCCGGCGUCCGCAACCGCCGGGGUCAUGUCCAACGUGGGGCCCCGGUUCCCAAAAGAGCUCAGCCUGGGUGGAAUGAACCACCACGGCUCCAUGCUGGGGGUCGGACCCCCGCGUCCCUUCAACGGAAGCAAUGGCCAUGUGUACGAGAAACUCUCCAGCAUCGAGUCUGACGUGUGAAAGACAGAGCGGGAGGAGGGAGUGGACAAUGGCAAAGGGAGAAGGAGGAGAGCAAUAGAGGCAUCUAGUGUUAGUAGAUCAGGGAUGAUUCUAAAGACACUGUAGACACUCAUAGCCCAUAUUGAAAGAUGAGAGAGACAAAUGAGGACAAGACUUUGAAAUAUAAGAAUAAGGGGAGUGAAAAUCUUGAUUUUUGCAAGAAAAUGUGGGUUAAAAAUAAAAAAAAUCAGGACACCCUGAGGAGAUGUGGGAAGUUAACCCUCUCUCAGAAAAUGGCCAAAGCUACUUUUAUGUCCAAACACAGUCAAGUCCCCCACCCCCACCCCCUCCUCCUCGACCUCACUCAUCAUUUCAUCCUCCAGUGUGGUGGAAGUCGGUGAACUUCUCGGCCGCCGACGCCUCAUCUUAGAUUGAUGCCGGACGUGUGAGCGUGGUGCUAUCCGACGGCCGUCUGGUCGGCUCCCGCUGAGCGAACUGCCCAUCUGCCCCUGUGUCACCGCAGGAAGUGGACACCGUUCACCCAGAGCCGGGACACAGGAAAACGACGAGAGCGUCCCUGUCUCUAGGAGGACACAGCCUGGCUCGUCCAUCUUUUUCCCUGUUCCUCCCCUCUUUCUGCUCUUUCUCUCAGCUCCUCCUCCUCUUCCUUCAUCCCCGACGCCAAAAGAGCUGUUUGCUGUGAGAAAUACAAUCAUGAAUGAUAAUAAGAUAUUCUUAUAGGAACAAAAACAGGGUAUAAGAACAACAAUAAUACUGAUAACGUUGUGAAUAACAAAGAUGUUAGUGCUAAUCACUAAGUUUUUUCUUGUUUUGUGUUCUGUUGGUAUAAUAUUUCACUGCUGUUUUAGUAUCUGUAGUUGUAUUCUGUCUGCCCCUAGUGGCAGCAGGAGGGUUGUUCAACCGACAAGCCAGAAAGACUGAGUCCUUAACUCCUGUUUUUUUUUUUUUUCUUCUGUUUUCUGUAGAAUAUUUUACUCCAUGCUCUCACAUUUAUUUGCUCCCAGGAUCUGGAAGACACAGGUCCUUAUUUUUUUGAUGUGAUUUGAAAUUAAUCAAUCGCACACACACACACACACACACAUGCACACACACCUACCUAAACACACUUUUACACUUUAACAGUUUUUGUUCGGUCUGAACUUGUGUUAACUGUGAACAACAACGUUUUCGUCAGAAGAUACUGAGAGGGAGGACGUGCCUUAAACGGUCUCCAGUGGAAGAUUCCCUCCAGUUCACAAGCGGCAGCACCCGGGACGGAAGCCGGCGCUCUUUUUAAGGCCCUGGGUCGCAUUUAUGAGCCACAACCGCGCUAAAAAAAACACUUACUUACAGCUGGGCUUGAGACGCCGCCGCAGAUGCCACCGCCGCCGCUGCUGCUGCUGCUGCUGAUUGUUCAGAUAUGAGACGCUGUUUAAGAUCUUUUAUAACUUCGUAAGAAAAACUAAAAAAAAAAACCUUUCAUAUGUCCGACGUGGGCGGCGUUUUAUGAACCAGUUGUAUUCAGGAUGUCCCGUUGUUCCGGAUGGAGCGUCUCAGUUCACAACAUGGCAGCCUUUUAGACCACUUCUUUAAUUCAGGUUACAUAACAACAGUCACCAGGCACUUACUUUUUCUUUUUCCACUAGUAUCUUGUCGAAGGCGUUAACGCAGGAGGCUCAGUUCGGACGUUGCGUAUGGUUUGAUAUAUGCACCGUCGUUUGCGUAGGAGAAGCGUCCCGUGACAAUGAUGCUGAUAAAAGCUUGAGCUGACGAGGAUGUCUACUUGAGAGAGGCCGCUUUAAACUCUUUGACCGACCGAGGCGCCGGGAAGGCGGCCAUCUUGCGGAAAGAUUCCUUUUUACUGAUGUAGAUAGACUUCUUAGCUGAGGAGGCCUCAUUAAUUGCACAGGACCUUUCACUCAGUGUAGGCACUCAGUAGACAUGCCUUAUCAUCCCAUCACCCCCAUGUCCCAACCCAACCCAACCCCCCCACGACCCGAGCUGUCUCCUGAUGACUCAUCGUGUUACUGUACAGAAUAGAGGAGCCUCUUUUAGUCAUUUAAAGGUUUGAUCUUCGAUCGGUCGGUGUCGGGAGUUCAAGGGCUGCAGGAGACUGUGCAGGAGAUCUGACCUGAGAAGAAGGAAGCUUCGGCGCUCCACCUUCAGCCUGGACGCAAAACAUGCAACGGGUUUUGGCGCGUGGAGCAAAUCACAAUGAUUUUUUUUUUUUCCUUUCCCCACACCCCACGCCCUCCACCAACGCUCGCUGACGACGAUUCAUGAAUUCAACGACCCCCUUCCCUCCUCCCUCGCUCCACAGAUGCCGCUGCCGAAGCGAGCCUGAUCGAGUUAGCCUUAAAUCUGAUUCCCCCCCCAACUCUCCUGCUAAAUAAAUCGAUUGAGAUCUCUGGAAUUUUUAUACGCGCACAUUUUGAAAGUUCAGGUCAACCAUUAUUAUGAGCAAGAUGGCGGGCGGGGGGGGAGGGGGAGGAGAUAGAGGUGUGGGGGGGCGGGGGUGUGGACGAGGAAAUAAGACGGAGAAGAAGAAGAAGAAGAAGGGGGAGGAGGUUUCUGGAGCUGGGCAUCAAUCAGCGUUAGUUUGUCGAAUCUUUUCCUUGUAAAUAAUAUAUUUAAAGAUCUUUUCACUUUGUACAGUAAACAGACAGACAGGAUGUAACUUUCAAUAUGUUUUACAGCAAUUUAAGAAAUAAACAAAACGACAAUAAAAACUCAUAAAAACUCGAAAAAAAACACACAAAGAAAAAUAUGCAAAAAUGUAGUUAAGACACAAAUAUUACUAAUCAUAGGUGAUAUAAUUGAACCUCUUUUUUCUUUAAAUCUCAUGUUUACUUAAUUAUAAUAGUUUACCAAUCAGUAUACUGAUUAUGUUAAGAAUCCUGCUUAUUUUAUUUUUAAUUUUUUUUUCUUAUUUUCACUAAAGUUGUUGGAGGAUAAUUUACUGUAGGUGUAGAUGUUUGGUGAUUUUUGAGAAAAAAAAAGGGGGAAAGUUUAGUUUUUAGGAGUCUUCGCUAAGUUUCCCUUGAAUUGUGUUAGAUUCUCUCUUUUUAAGGUAUAAGCUGUUCUUCAUGCUUUUUGAGAUCAAUUAUCUACACAUUUAUGUAAUACAAUAUUACAUGUAUACGGAGAUGAUAUUUGCAUAUAGAGGCAGUAUAUUGUGAUCCUUCAUUUUUAAGCAGCUGUUAAAAACUUUUACGAGAUAUUUGUGUUUUUCCGUUGCCCGUUUCUUGAUCUCAUUUACGACUAUUCUUUUUCUCCACCUGGGCUCUAUUGAUGAUUGCACACAGAAUUCAGAGCCAUCGUCGGCCUGACCUAUCCUGCUCCCUCUCUAUGUUUGGGAUAGACAUCACUGUGGUACAAGGAAAAUAUAUAUAAAUAUAUACAUAGUAUAUACAUGUAAACACACAGGAGUGCGCGCUGGACGUUUCCCAGCGUCGGCAUUUCGCUGAUAUCGCUGAGAGUUUUCAGCAAAUUUCGAGAACGAGCGUAGUUUUCACUCAAACGAGAGUCCGAGUUGAAAUGCAUUUGUGCAACCCCUUAUUAAAGGUGUGAUUUUGCUACAAGAAGCGCAUCAAUUGUUUUGAAUGUGUGAAACGCUUUGGGUUUAUGAUUUACUUCCCACCACUUUGUUUGUGCGGGAAACGUGACUCACACGUGUUCACGUACGUCGCUUUGUUUCUCCUUAACGCAGCCAUUCCAGUAAUCUGAGAGUUUUUCCUCCUCAACUCCUUUUUAUGUUUCGAGGCUCGAUUGAAAAGUGAAAAGUGGUCAUUUCUUUGUUUUUUUCCCCCUCACAAUGCCACAAUUUAUCCUCCUCAUUUGCAAUAAAACGGCACGACCAAACGGAAAACGAUCUCAGCGAAUGUGCCACUUCAUCGGUUCUUUCCGUGUUUUAUUCUAGGCCCCCCCACCCUCUAGUUCACUGCUUACUGCCCCCGACAGCUGAGGUGACACUGUGGUUAACAUAGCUAUCAUCAGACCUUAACCCCCCCCCCAAACUCCCCUCCUCUCUGAACACGAACACGCCACAACACAUUUGUUAGAAAGGUUCACGCAGAACAAAACACUGUCACUCCUGUUUUUUUUUUCUUUUUAAUUUAAUUUUUCCAACACAAGAAAAAAAAAAUGGUUGUGGGAAGUCACUAGUUGGUCUGGAAGCAUCCUGAAGGUGGAGGAUGUGUUUAUCAGCUGUUUUUCUGUCAGGAACUUUUUCUGGGACCAAAUAAGUCACAUCCAUAUUUCCAGCAUUCGAUUUUCAUUUUUAAGGAGGAGUCUCUUUGUGUGAUUUAAUCUCAUGCAGGCAGGAGGAAUUAUACUGUGAUCUUAUAUAUAUAUAUACACAUAUAUAUAUAAAUAUAUAUAUGUAUAUAUAAACUGCUGGCGCUCUGUGUAAUUGAUUAGUUUCACCCUAAUUCACUGCAGAACUUGUUUACUUGUAUUGAAGUUCUGUCUCUCUGUGUAUUAUGUAUCGCUUUAUAUUGAUGCACACGGAAAUUUUCUAUUAAAUUGUGUACAGGUUUGUUUGUUAAUCUCAUUGCUCCAUCGAUAAAAUAAAAUUAAAAUAAACAUAAGGGGUUGCCACUAAAUGUAUUUCAAAAACCUCGCGGAAACUACACAAGCCUGAUUAAAAUUAACUGCGGGGGACAAGAUAAACGCAUAAAGGAAUAAAAUGAUAACAACAAUAAUAAUAAUGUAAGAUAUAAAUACUAUCAAUUGUAUACAUGACGAUAUACAUAUAAUCUUAUUCUUGGCCAUUCUUUUUCUCUUUUUGUGGCCCUUUUUUCUUUGAAAUAAUACCAAAAUUUUUACACCAUACAGACAGAAAACCACACAAAAACAAAUAAUUGUACAGGUUGUGUAAAUACUGAAUAUUUUGGGGUGGGGGGAAAGUAUUUACCUUAGUUUUUCUUUUUUUUGUUUUUUUUUGUUUCUUUUUUUGUAUGGAAACUAUCGAAGUAAUCUCAAUAACGAAAUUAACUGCGUCAUGACAAAAUUGCAAAUAAAAAACAAAAAUACAAAAAAAAACAUCAUUAAGGUACUUCUAAUAAGGAUAAUAUCUACUAUUAUAAGUGCUGAAAUAAGACUAUUCUUUCUCUUUGUACAUGAUGAACAAAAUGAAGUGUUGAGUAUUAAUAAUAAAAAACUAAGUUUCACGCA